AUGUCUAGAGACGCUCCUAUGAAGGCUGACAAGGACUACACGUCCAUUUUACAGGAAGAACUUCCCAAGAUCGAAGUUUUGGCGAAAAACGAUGUACAGGGUGCUUUGGACCAAUUGCUGGUCCUGGAGAAGAAAGUUCGGCAGUCGUCGGAUCUGGAAUCAUCGAAGAAGGUUCUAAAAGAAGUAGUCGAUUUGCUUGCAUCCAGAAACCAGUGGGAAUCGCUAAAUGAACAACUAGCACUGCUUGCAAAGAAGCAUGGUCAACUCAAGUUGUCUGUGCAAUUUAUGAUACAACAGAUCAUGGAGAAAUUGGAAGGGGUGACAGACUUGGACACAAAAAUUGAAAUUAUUGAGGCAAUCAGAACCGUUACUGAGAACAAAAUCUUUGUUGAAGUGGAAAGAGCCCGCGUUACGAGGAUUCUGACGCAGAUUCGUAGGGAAGAAGGCAAAAUCGAUGAGGCAACAGACCUCUUGUGCUCUUUGCAGGUCGAAACGUUUGGAUCGAUGGAGAUGCACGAGAAGAUCGAAUUCAUUCUAGAACAAAUGGAACUCAGCAUUGUCAGAGGGGACUUUUCACAGGCCACCAUUCUUUCCAGAAAGAUCCUGAGAAGAACGCUCAAGAACCCCAAGUAUGAGACCUUGAAGCUGGAAUACUUCAGUCUUUUGAUAAAAAUAGGGCUCAACAAGAGCGACUAUUUGCAAGUUGCCCAGUACUAUCAGGAAAUUUAUAACACUGAGUCAAUCCGUGCCGAGGAGUCCAAAUGGCGCUAUGCUUUGACGCAUGUGGUGAUGUUUCUAGUUCUAACGCCUUACGACAAUUUGCAAAGUGACUUGAUUCACAAGAUACAAUUGGAUAAUAACCUGAAAAAGCUAGAAAAGCCCGAGUCUUUGGUUAAAUUGUUCACCACGCCAGAAUUGAUGCGCUGGCCCAUUGUAAAGGACACUUACGAGAAUUUUUUGAAUGCGGACGAUGUCGCUUUCGGUUCCAGGCAGAAUCAUUGGGACGAUCUUCGCAAAAGAGUAAUUGAACAUAAUCUGAGGGUCGUUUCUAAAUAUUACACUCGCAUUACUUUAUCGCGGUUGAAUAAAUUAUUGGACCUCACUGAAGCUGAGACGGAAAGAUUUAUCAGUGAUUUAGUUAAUCAAGGUGUCAUAUACGCGAAGAUCAACAGGCCCGCCAAGAUUGUUAAUUUUGGUAAACCCAAAACUUCAAGCUCGCUUCUCAAUGAAUGGUCUUCCAACGUUGACCAAUUGCUCGAACAGAUCGAAACCAUUGGUCAUCUCAUAACCAAAGAGGAAAUUUUGCAUGGUUUGAAAGCCAAAUAA